CGACAUCGCAAUGCAUGGUGGGAAAAUUGUACUCUGCUCAAAAAUGGCGACCAGAUUAUUGAGAAAGACCUCAAAAAGUUUAGUCUCCCAGCGUUUUAACGUCGCUAUAAGAUGUCUAGCAAGCGAGGCAGGAGGAGCAACAAUGCCACUAACUUUUGGGUCACCCCAAACGGUAAAUACUUAGAUAGAUUUUAGUGAAAAUACCACUAUAACUAUAUAACAUGUACAUAUAUGAUACAUCAGUGAUCAGUGAUACAUUGGAUCAUGAAUGUUCGAUUUUAUAACGUAAAUAGCACGUAAUAGCAAAUAACUUUGAGAAAAUGGGACGGCAACGCCAACAUAUUGUAAUGACCUGAUAUUAUUCCCAGGGUGUAUUAAUCCCACAUGGAGAUCUCCUGCAUCCAGACUGCAGAAUUGGGCACUUUUCAAUGAGAUUUUGGGUGCGCAAAUGUUAGAAAAUCGAAGUGCAGGUGUGCAAAACAGUUUCCAAGUGCACAUCAAGAUGCAUUCAAUUACAGGGCCUUUUUUAAGGAUUUUCCCGUGGGAUUUUUUGAAAAGGGACCUUUCUGUGAGAUAAUAUAUUACAGGGGAAUAGAAACAGACAUGUGUGGCCAACAUACCACGCAUGAAUAGGGGGUUUUGGGGGCAUACUCCCCAGAAAGUUUUUGAAAUUUGAAGCACGGAAAUGCCAUUUCCUGCAUUCUGAGCAUUCAAAUUUGCUCCAAAAUUUAUGCUAAAUAUAUACUUGUACAUAUUUGAAAUAAAAGAAGGAAAAAAUGCACAAAAAGUAAAAAAAUAUUAACCAUAAUUCAUCAUUACUUAUUAGAAGAGGAUAGCAAUGGCCAAAGGUCAUGUGUGUGGGGGCAUACUCCCCCAGAAAAUUUUUGAAAUUUGUGACCCAGAAAUGCCAUUUCCUGCAUUCUGAGCAUCCAAAUUUGCGCUAAAAUUUAUGCUAACCAUACUUGUAUUUGAAAUAAAAGAAGGAAAAAACGCACAAAAAAUAAAAUAAUUAUUAACAAUAAUUUAUCAUUACUUAGUGGCGGAAAAACGUAACAAUUUAAAUCGAUUUUGUUAAACAAGGACAAAGGAUAAAGCCUAAAACUUACUUUCCGUUUAUGUAUAUGUUUUUCUUCACUGGUUUGUUUGUAUAGAUUUAGUAUAUUUGUAUAUGAUUUUGUGGGGGGCACAAAGAGGGGGGGCAUUUGCCUGCCACCCCCCAGCUUGUAUGUUAAAAAAGGCCCUGCAUUCAAAGGCACAAAAGUAGCCAGAUACAUGUUUAAAACAAUGAAAAUAAAGAUUUGAGCGCAGAUUAAAUUGCAAGAAUUGUUAUAAAGUACACCCCAGUUGCGCUGAAAUUUUAAUUAACCUAAAAAAUGUCGCAACCAACUCUGCAAUCUGGUCCUGUGCACGAGGUUAUAAAUUUGUUGGUGUAUUGGCAUGAGAUUACUCAAAGGCGUUAUAUAUAUUAGGCGGUAUAUUUGUGUGAGAUUACUUUACAGUUAUGUAUUAAUUACAAGCACAUGUAGGAUUGUUUAUUUUGACAUGGGUUUUAGUCUCCAAAAGAAAUGUUGGCAUAUCUCUGCUGUAGAGUUUACAUGGAAUGCACCCUGGUAUUCUAUACAAUGAAAUUGUAAUACUCUGGAAAAGAAAUCAAUAAUCACAAUCCCAUGGGAGUUUUAAACAUUGUCUUCCUGCUGUUUAUGAUGGCAAACCAGAGUUUUUUAACCUGCUUCAGCAGGGCCUCUUUUAACCCUAUAGAUUGGUGGGCGGGGGCCAAGUUCCUUCCCUCAUCCUACAGUAGCCCCAUUACUGUUGGCCCAUCUGGUGAACCAGGUUGGUCCAUUUAGUGAAACUGUGAAAGUGCUUUUAUCUAAGGGGAAGAAUAACUUAGUUAAGAAAUUGUUUUAGUAUUCCAAUUACUGAAGUUUUGUCUAGUAGGUGAAAUAUAUAAAAAAUUGUGUCUAAAAAUGCCAAAAAUCAAGCCCCAGAGGCUCAGGAAUACAAACAUUUUCUGGGGGCCAUGUGCAUUUUCCAGUUCACCUCCAUAGGACUUUUUCUUGACGGCCCCUCCACUAUGAGGUGCCAUUGCUGCCAAAAUUCAGAGUUCUUAUUUUUUUAAAAUGUAGUAAUGCACCCCUCCCCUCUAGAUAACCUCCACCCCCCCCCCACCCCCCACCCCCACUAACAAAUGAGGCCAGAUUAUACAUGAUUCUGCAAUCUUGUUCAAUAAAACUGAAUGCAGAUGGGUUUUUAGUAGAUGUUCAUCUACAAAAAAACUCAUCUGCAUAAUAUAUAAUUAUAAAAACGUUAGACAAUCAUGUUUAACUUGGCGUGAUAUAUACUGUAUAUAGAUCAACAUUUAUACAUCCAAAGUUUCUAUAUUGUCAGUUUAAUUAGGCUCUGCCUCUGGUUUAGUAAACGGCAAAGAAAGGGACAGGUUAGGGUGAAUGAGGAAAGGUGUAAAUCAGGGCUCGAAUUUUAUCACGGCAAUCGCGACAAUUGCCGUAGGAGAACAAAAUGCCGCGGGUUAUUGUGGCAACGACGGCAAUUUUUUGCCGUAUAGUGUAAUUUUUAUACUAUAUUCACUGUGCAUUACUAUUUUGAUACUUGAAUUCAGAUGUUGAUCAAAUCAAUUGCGUAAAUUACUAUUUUAGUCUCAGUUUUCUUCGAAAAAAAACACACUUAAAGAAAUACGUAAACAUGUUUCUAGCUUGUCAACAAUCCAAAGUAACAAUAAACUUAAAUUUUUAUUAAUUUGAAAAAAUGCUGUGGAAACUGCCAAAAUUGCCGUAGACAGCUGUUACGUUCUACGGCAAUUUUUAACUCCAUUGCCGUCGAUUGAUUUCAGGGAAAUUCGAGGCCCGGUGUAAAUGUUUUGUGGAAUGAUGGGUAAUUGAUUUUUCUCUGUAUUAUAAUUCAAAAUCAUGUGCAUUAACUGUAGUUGUUUUUCAGGCAUAUUACCACAAUGUUGAUGUGAAACAAGUUGAUGUUCCAUCUGGUACAGGAACAUUUGGUAUUCUUCCAAAUCAUGUUCCAACAUUAGCAGUAUUAAGACCUGGUGUUGUCACUGUCUUUGAAGAUGAAGGAACUAAGAAAUAUUUUGGUAGGCAUAACAAUUUGAAAUUGUCUUGGGAACAAUAUUGUAUUGGCAUACUUCUUAAACUAAGUUCUUAAACUUUAUGAACUGCAAUCACUGUCACAUGCUUCAGCACAACCUAUUUUGUUCCAGGUGAGAGAGAGAUUUACAGUGUACCUUAACCAGUUUAGUUUAAACACUUUUUUGUCUGGAUUCCUUCUGUAGUAACACUGAACCAACGAGGGUACACUGGCUUUCUAGGCAGUUUAGUUAAAAUAAAAUCAAUCCAGUCUAAAGAAUGUUUAUAGUUUCAGUUUUGAGUUAUAAUAACAUGCAUGUGCUAAUGAUUGAUGCUUAUAUAUCAAGACUGUAAUCAUUAUGAAAGAAAUUAUAAUAGAAUAUUGCAUUUCUCUACAGUAAGCAGUGGAACAGUGACAAUCAAUGAAGAUUCCUCACUACAAGUUUUAGCAGAAGAAGCAGUCCCAUUAGAACAACUUGAUAUGAGUGUAAGUGAUGUCAUUGUGUAAAUUUACGUUUACCGUAAACCUCAGAAUUUUAGCCUCCCUCCCCUGACUAUAAGCCCCUAGUGUAUAAGCCCACUAUU